GAUCGGCUCCGCCCGCCCAAGCACCUUCGCGCACCGCCCCCGGUUUCACCGUUUCACCCUGCGCGCAGCCCCUCCGCCGAACCGAUCACCGGCCGCUCGAUCCAGCCGCCAGCCGCCAGCCGGCAACCCGCGCGGUGCGCGGGGUGAGACACGAAUUUGCCCCCCAGAACACGCGUUUUUAAGGCGCACGCGCAGCGUAUAAACGGCAGGGGAGUGCGCGGAACCCGCCGAUCAUUUUCUCGCAGGGCACACCUGGAAAGAGGAGAGACCCCCCUGCUUACCUUUGCAAAUCGCCAGUUGGUUAGCGCAGACAACCAUCCGUCCCAGAGACGCAAGAAUAAAGAGGAGAGAGAGAGAGAGAGAGAGAGAGUACUUGCUAGUACGCGAGGCGCUGGGACACAGAGAGGGAAAGGUGCGCGCGCUGGCGCUGGCCAUGACCCGGGGCCGCGCCCGGCGGCCGGCACCUGCUAGCCGCCCCGGCGCGCUGGUGCUCCUCCUUGCCGCCGCCGCAGCCUUGCUGGCAGUGUCCCUCGGCGAUGCCGUGGCCACGUCCACGGAGGAGGCAGAGGAGGAGGAGCCGGCCGUGGACUACGGCGCGGCGCUGUCGAAGAGCCUGCUCUACUUCGAGGCGCAGCGGUCGGGGCGGCUGCCGCACAACCAGCGCGUGCCGUGGCGGGGCCACUCGGGCCUCACCGACGGGCUGCAGCAGGGGGUGGACCUCGUCGGCGGGUACUACGACGCCGGCGACCACGUCAAGUUCGGCCUGCCCAUGGCCUUCACCGUCACCAUGCUCUCCUGGGGCGCCAUCGACUUCGCCGACGACAUCGCCGCCGCCGGCGAGUGGGGCCACGCGCUCGAGGCCAUCAAGUGGGGCACCGACUACUUCGUCAAGGCGCACACCGAGCCCUUCGUCUACUGGGCCGAGGUGGGGGACGGCGACACGGACCACUACUGCUGGCAGCGGCCGGAGGACAUGACGACGUCGCGGCAGGCGUACCGCAUCGACAAGGACAACCCCGGCUCCGACCUAGCCGGCGAGACCGCCGCCGCGCUCGCCGCCGCCUCCAUCGUAUUCCGCCGCUCCAACCCGCAUUACUCCCACCUCCUCCUCCACCACGCGCAGCAGCUGUUCGAGUUCGGCGACCGGUACCGGGGCACGUACGACAGCAGCAUCUCUGAGGUGCGGAGCUACUACGCGUCGGUGAGCGGGUACCGCGACGAGCUGCUGUGGGCGGCGCUGUGGCUGCACCGCGCCACCGGGCGCGAGGAGUACCUCCGCUACGCCGCGGACAAGGCCGACUGCUUCGGCGGCGUCGGGUGGGCCAUGACCGAGUUCAGCUGGGACGUCAAGUACGCCGGCGUCCAGGUCCUCGCCGCCAAGCUGCUGCUCGACGGCGAUCCGGGCGCGGCGAAGCACCGCGCGGUGUUGGAGCAGUACAGGGCGAAGGCGGAGCACUAUCUGUGCGCGUGCCUGGGCCGGAACGGCAACACCAGCGAGAACGUGGACCGGAGCCCCGGCGGGAUGCUCUACGUGCGCCAGUGGAACAACCUCCAGUACGCCUCCAGCGCCGCCUUCCUCCUCACCGCCUACUCCAGCUACCUCUCCACCACCACCUCCGGCUCCCACCUCCUCCGCUGCCCCGGCGGGACCGCCGCGCCGUCCGAGCUGCUGUCCCUGGCGCGGCAGCAGGCCGACUACAUCCUCGGCCGCAACCCACUGCGGCUGAGCUACAUGGUCGGCUACGGCCGCCGGUUCCCGGUCCGCGUGCACCACCGCGGCGCCUCCAUCGUCGCGCACAAGGCCAACAGCCGCUUCAUCGGCUGCAUGCAGGGGUUCGACAACUGGUUCGGCCGCGGCCGGGCCAACCCCAACGUGCUCGCCGGCGCAAUCGUCGGCGGGCCCAACUGCCGUGACGAGUUCCGGGACGACCGCGGGAACUACAUGCAGACCGAGGCGUGCACGUACAACACGGCCCCCUUGGUCGCCGUCUUCGCCAGGCUGCACCGCCUUAACACGGCGGAGGGGUGCCGGCGGGGGACGGCGGCGGCGGAGUGUAGAUAAAGGUGGCGGCGGUGUGGAGGGCGGGAAAUUCUUUUUUCUUUCUCCCAUGCUUACUUUCAUAUAUUUUUUUUGAACUGUUCAUAUGAGAGAGAAAGAUAAAGAAAGAGAGUUUUGAUUAGUGAAAGAAAGAACAGCGAUCAAUAGUGGAGAAAUAAGGAGGAGAAAAGGGUGUGCAAAAUCACAUGUAUUUUUAAUCUAGGUGUGUCAGAAUUGAAGGAAGCAAAUCGAAAAGUACUGUAAUGUUUACUGGAACAACAGUAAAUAUAUAGACCAUUACAUGCA